GACGGAGUUUAGAGAGGUUAUGAAGACAGAAAACCCAAUAAUAAUGGGGGAUUUCAACUGUCCUCAUAUUGACUGGGCACAUGUCAUCUCAAAAAGGGAUGCAGAGGUAAAAUUUGUAGACACAUUAAAUGACUGCGUCUUGGUUCAGCUUGUCCUGGAACCCUCAAGGGGAGAGGCAAUUUUUGAUUUUAAUCCUAAGUGGAGCACAGAAUAUGGCCAAGAGAGGUAAAUAUAGCUGAACGUCCCAGUAAUAGCAACAAUGAAGUAAUUAAAUUUAACAUUCUUGGAGGGGGAGAAAUGCCAAAGAAACCCACCACAAUAGCAUUUAACUUCAAAACAAGUAACUACAAAAAAUGAGGAAGGUAGUUAGAUGGCAUUUAAAAGGAACAGUUACAAGUGGGAAAUGCCUACAAACUGCAUGGAGACUAUUUAAAAGCACCAUAACUGAGGCAGUAAAAGGACCAAAAAAAUUCCACCAUGCUUAAGCAGCUGAAUAAAAGAGAUGAUUAGAGGCUAAAAGGUAUCCUUUAAAAAUUGGAAAUUUAAGUCCUAGUGAGGAAAAUAGAAAGAAGCAUAAACUCAGGCAAGUCAAGUGUAAAUGUAUAAUAUAACAGACCAAGAAAGAACUUGAAGAGCAACUAGCUAAGUACACAAAAACUAACAGCAAAAAAAGUACAUCAGAAGCAGAAAUCCCGCCAAACAGUCAGUGGAUCCUCUGGAUGAUUGUGUUGCUAACGGUGCUCUCAGAGAUGACAAGGCUCUGGCAGAGAAGCUAAAUUAAUGUUUGAAUUGGUUUUCACUGAAUAGGAGGGGAGAUCCCCACAUCUGAGCCAUUCUUUUUAGGUGACAAAUCUGAGGAACUGUUGAUUGAGGUGUCCGUAGAAGAGGUUUCAGGACAAAUUGAUAAAUUAAGCAGUAAUAAAUCACCAGGACCAGACGGCAUUCACCCAAGAGUUCUGAAGGAACUCAAAUAAAUUGCAGAACUACUAGCUGUGGUUUACUUAAAUCAGCCUAUGUACCAGAUGAUUGCAGGAUAGCAAAUGUGAUGCUGAUAUUUAAAAAAGGCUCCGCACAAUGCAGUAAAAUGGUUAAUAACUAGAAGAGCAUACGUGGCAGCAGUGAGGGUCAGUGGCUAGAGCUCUGGACUGGGAGUAAAGUGACCUGCACUCUGACAAUGACCUGCUGGGUAACCUUAACCAAGUCUGAUAAUUGUUCUGUUGAUGAGAUUUUUGUGCUGCUGCCAUAAAUUAGAGCUACUCUGACUUACACCAGGGGCCACUCUGGCUCCUGAAACAAUUUUAAGCUACCUUGGCACCUCCCAUCCCAGCUGCAAAAUCGCACCUUGUGUCUCAGCUUUUCCCUUCUGUACCAUGGGGAUGGUGAUGCUUAAUGCCAGACUGGAAGGUGCUCAGAUACCUAUAAAAACCUAUAUAAGAAUAGAAUAGAGUGCUGGAGCUCAUUAUUAGAAGCACUGAAGUGACUUAGGAGCACGUCCCGCUGAAUGUCAAUAUGACGUGUACUUCUGAGUCACUGAGGCACUUUUGAAAAUCCCAUCCGCUCACCCUCUUUUGUAAGGCACUUUGAGACCCCUGGAUGCGCUCAGUAAAAGCUAAAUAUUAUUAAUCUAAUUCCUCAUUGCCCUUUCAAUGCAAGCGAUAACAAAGUACAGUAACUCCACUUUAAAAAUAGAUAUUCAUCAUGUCUCUUGGUUACAUGAACUUAUAAAAUUGCCAAGUGCCUUUGGAAACCAUUGUUGUAUGCAGUGUUGUUGUAGCCAUGUUGGUCCUGGGGUAUUAGAGAUGCAAGAUUGGUGAUGUAACAUCUUUUACUGGACCAAUUUCUAUUGGUGAGAGAGACAGAGAUGAGACCUGAAGAAGAGCUCUAUCUAAUUUGGAAAGCUUGUCUCUCUCACCAGCAGAAGAAGUUGGUCCAAUAAAAGAUAUUACCUCCCCCACCUUGUCUCUCUUUUUGAACUAUUGUCCAUUUCGAUCCUAUUCUUGAGACUUUCCUUCUUAUUCUGUGGUAUAAUGAUCACCUUAAAAAUUAUCCCUUUAAUAGAGAACAAAGUUAGUUACUAUCUGCCAGUCUCUGAGUUAAUGUUCACAAUCUCGAUUGUAUUGCAAAGCUAAAGAACUGAGGGGCAGUUUAGUUGUAGGUUUUUAUUAAGUUGAUGGGAGGCUGGAUCCCUUUCUGAGCAGUAGCUCUUGCACUCAGGGAGCUUUUGCCUUCAGGCUUCCAAGUUGAUCACACAUCCAGCUUUGUACUCUGAACUCUAAACUUAUCUUCAAAAAACAUCUUUUGAUCACCACUUCCUGGAAAUAAAAUCUCGGGAGCCAGACUCCGCCUCUCAGAAGGCGAAUCGUGUAACAUAGCACUGGGGAAGAGGAAAGGAGUGCAGCUAAUCUUAGAAAACAGCAACUGAAUGACGAAGAAAACUGCUAGAGCCCAGAAGGGAUCCUAGGCUCUGAUCAGUGAAAAAGCCUACAACAACCAAACUGAAUACACACCCAGCAUUACCAGGAUGGAAAAUGAUGCAAGUGUAUUAAGGAGGAAAUUAGAAAUGGUCUGUGGUGUUCCCCUAUUCUGGAGUAUUGUUGAAGAAUGGGCCCAGGUGGAAUCAUUCCAAGCGAGGCCAGAUGAUCUUCUCAUUUCCACCUACCCGAAAUCAGGCACAACCUGGAUCAGUGAAAUUGUGGACAUGAUCUAUAACAACGGUGAUGCAGAGAAGUGUAAACAGGAUGCGAUUUACGUUCGGGUCCCUUUCAUGGAGCUGAUCAUCCCAGGAAUUUCAAAUGGUGUCGCACAGCUGGCUAAAAUGCCCUCUCCCCGAUUAGUAAAGACCCAUCUUCCUGUUCAACUCCUUCCUGAUUCCUUCUGGGAAAACAACUGCAAGAUCAUCUAUGUUGCCCGAAAUGCCAAGGAUGUGGCAGUCUCUUAUUACCAUUUCUACCAAAUGGCAAAGAUGCAUCCAGAGCCUGGCACCUGGGAUGAAUUCCUGGAGAAGUUUGUAACUGGGAAAGUUGCGUUUGGAUCUUGGUAUGAUCAUGUGAAAGGCUGGUGGGAGAAGAGAAAGGACAAGCCGAUUCUGUACCUGUUCUAUGAGGACAUGAAAGAGGAUCCUAAAUGUGAAAUACAAAAGGUGUUACAGUUUCUGGGAAAGGACUUGAAGGAGGAUGUGGUGAAUAAAAUCCUCCAUCACACCUCAUUCCAGGAGAUGCAGAAGAACCCCACUGCCAAUUAUAAGAUGGUACCAAAAGCUCACAUGGAUCACAGUGUGUCUCCCUUUAUGAGAAAAGGUAUUGCGGGCGACUGGAAGAAUCACUUCACCGUGGCGCAGAAUGAGGCAUUUGACUCAGAUUAUAAAGAGAAGAUGAAGGGAUCGACACUGCAGUUCCGAAUGGAGAUCUGAUGCAGCAGUAGCUUCCUUCCCCCAUCUGGCUUAGGUGUUUAGUUGGCUUGGACAAGGGAGAAACUGAAAUUAAAUGGGGGCACCAAAGCAAACAGCAA